AUGAAAGAACCUUCGACAGAAGAGUGGAUGGAAAUUGCAAGAGGAUUCGAAAAAUAUACAAAUUUUCCUAAUUGCAUUGGAGCAGUUGAUGGCAAACAUAUUAGAAUUAUAAAACCUUUAGAUUCCGGCUCUAUGUUCUACAAUUAUAAACAUUUUUUUUCGACUGUGCUGCUUGCCGUAUGUAAUGCAAAUUAUUGUUUUAUCUGUAUAGAUGUUGGAGCAUGUGGGAAGAGCAAUGAUUCAACGAUUUUUAAAAACUCCACAUUCUUCAAAAAACUCACGGAAAAAUCUUUGAACAUUCCGGGACCAAAACCAGUAUCAGAAAUUCGUACGACACGUUUACCUCAUGUUAUAGUUGGAGAUGAGGCAUUUAGCUUAUCAGAAAAUAUUAUGCGACCAUAUUGCGGCAAGAAUAUAACCAAAGAAAAACGAAUAUUUAAUUACCGCCUCUCUAGAGCAAGACGUUAUAUUGAGUGUUAUUUUGGAAUCCUGGUAAACAAAUGGCGAAUAUUUCACAAACCACUCAAUGUACAUAUUGAAUUUGCGCAAAACAUAAUUAAAGCUUGUUGUGUUCUUUACAAUUACGUCAGGUUAAGAGAUGGAUACAGAUACGAAGACAUAUUGUUCGAAACAGCUCUAGAUGGUCUGAGUACGACUACAAUUCGACCUGGUGUAAGGUCUCGAAACACGAGGGAUAUAUUCGCUGAUUAUUUCAUGAAGGAAGGUCGACUGCCGUGGCAAGACAAAAUGAUCUAA